AUGUCGCACACGCCCACGGGUCGCCGCUUCAAGGCGCAAGAGUUUACGCUCCCGUCCGGUAAAAAGAUCAUUGCCAGCCUGCCGGGCGACAUCCCCACGCUGCGCAAGCAGCACAGCGAGAGCGACGCCGACGUCGUGGAGCACGGCUCCGACGCGCACAUCAACUACCUGCGGCAGGUGCACUCGCACCACGAGGGUCGGCGCGACGAGAUGCGCGCCCGGCUGGGCGACGCCGCGUCCGAGUGGGAGGAGACGCACCGCCAGCUCACGUCGGUCAGCAUGGAGCUUGAGAAGCUGGCGCGGCGCGAGUCGGCGCUGGACCACAACUUUGACAAGUUUGGAUACAACAAGCACCUCAGGACGUACGACGGCGUCCUCGGCGACGGUGGCGGCGUCGGGGGCGGAUCCGGCGCGGGGGGUGCCGCGACGAGUGGCGUGUCGACGCCCGGUGAUCUGGAGACGGGUGGUGAUGAAAAAAGACAUCGACAUGGCAGGGGAGAUAGUACGAAGCUGUUCAAGAUGCCGGUUGUGAGGCAAUGGUUUCAUCGCGGCGUUAUUUGGCGUGCGGCGGGACAGACUGAGAUUAUGGCCAUUGAGCUGUUCUUUGAUCUUUUAUAUGUCGGUAUUAUUCACUCUAAUGGCGAGCACAUGGCUGAGGAGCCGACCGGCCAUGAGCUUCUGCGAUUUGCCAUUACAUUCAUCAUGUCGUGGAAGAUUUGGACUGAAAUUACCUACGCCUUGAGCUGGUUCGAAUCCGACGACGUCUUGACCAAAGUUGAGGUGCUCUUCAACCUCGCAUGUCUCCUCGGCUUCACUACCAACAUGAUUAGUAGUCUCAACGAGGACCCCGCGCACAACACGUACGCCCAGCUGGUCGGCUUCUACCUGGCCACGCGCUACGCGGUCGCCUUUCACUUUGCCAUCAACUACUUCCUGCUGCCCAUGAUCCGUGGCUUCAUGCUCGCCUCAUGCAUACAGGUCGUACUGCCGACGGCGCUCUGGAUCGGCAGCAUCUACGUCGAGAUGCCGAACCGCCUCAUCCUCAUCUGGAUCGCCAUUGUGCUCGACAUGUGGGGGCAGAUCUUUUACUUUGCGCCUGUGCAGUACACGCUCCGCUACAAGGAAGAAUCGGACACGCCGUUUACCAGAGGGAUUAGAAACAUGUUUGACUACAUGCCGGCUGUCAAUAUCGAGCAUCGUGUCGAGCGCACCAACGCCUUUGUGUCUCUGGUUCUUGGGUACUCUGUCGUCGGCAUCUUGUUUCAGAGCAAUGGCGGCUACAACAUUAAUGCGUUUCUGGGCAAGGCCAUUCUUGGUUUGUUGCAGGCAUUCUUCUUCAAUUGGAUCUACUUUGACGUUGACGGCAACGGUAUUGAGCUGCACGCCAUCCGUCGGUCAGCAGUAGCAAUGGGCAUCUGGAACAAUGCUCACCUGCCUUUCAUUAUGGGCUACAUCAUUGCCACAUCGGCCUUGUCGCGACUUGUCCUUGCGUCCGACAUGUCCAACACGAACCCAGAGCAGCUAACGGAAAGCUACCGCGCGCUAGCGGAAGAAGAAUUCGGCACCGGUGUGCGCUAUUUCUACUGCCACGGUUUGGCGAUUGCCCUCUUGUCCAUGACGGCCAUUGCCAUCAGCCACAAGCACCACUCGGUGGGCACGCCACGACUGGCCAAGAAGUAUCGUCUGGCAAACCGCGUGGCCAUGGCUAUCAUUAUGUUUUUCCUGCCGCUGGCCACGGAGCUCAAGUCUUUGUAUCUCAUCUCCAUCACUUUAGGCUUGAUUAGCUGGGUGCUUAUUCUCGAGCUCUGGGGUGGCUCGCUUAAGGGCCACUCAUUUGUUGGAGAGACAGACUGCACCCGCAAAGCAGUUAGGGGGACCAAGGAGGAAGAGGAUGCCAAUCUACCCCCUGUUAUGUAA